AUGCCCGAAUUCGAGUUCCAAAUCAGUGUGCUGGAGAAAACUGUUCGGUCUCGCCCCAAUCCGUGCAGUGAGAAUUGGGUGGCAUGUGACCGUGAAACAUGUAUUCCGCAACGAAUGUGGUGUGAUGGCAUUUCCAAUUGUCCGCAAAGACAAGAUGAGGGUCAACACUGUACAGCUGCAUCCUUGGACCCGAACGCCAUAGGACCGGAUGGCAGACGUAUAGCUGAUCAAGGCAAAAGUAGCUACGAGCUUCGUAAGGAACAAGAGGCGCGAGAGGCAGAAGCGGCUCGAUUGGCUGCACAGAAGUUGCACUUAUCCAUUCUCGGCAGCCUUGGUUUGCUAUUGACCAUUGUGACGGUUACCUGUGUGGUCAUGGCCAUUCGUCGUCGAAAACGUACUCAACUUCGAGUUCAAGCCAGCAAGACGACAACCGAUCAUCCAAUUACGCCCGCAGUCCCUCCCACAGAGCCCAAGCCGGUCCGAUUGAAUCACAUCAUGUCUAGUGGUACGUUGUUGUUGGAAAAACCAACAACACCAAUUGCUGCGGAACGCCGUCGAGAUGGUCGGACAAGACCUGUGUUUACUUUAACCAAAUCAAAUUCUAUCCCCGAACAGGAUGGAAUGAUCGGCUCGAAUAGAGGCGCAGAAGUCACAGCGACUGCAGUGGGCGAUACGGCCUGGAACAGUACAGACAGUAUGAACGCACCGUUGUUAUGGUACAAGCAAGCUCCUGUCGCAAGUGGAAAGGGUAAAUCUCAGACAGUGCACCAUACACCUCCUAUAGGUGGUGCACAAUGGAAUCAUACAGUCCCAUCAAAUCUGGUCUUUCACGAUACCGGGGAGUAUCGUCCCAGUGCUGAGCGUGAGACGAGUACACCACGAUCCGGUGGCCGAAGUCCUAUGAAACAAUCAGGCCGAACUGGGUCCCAUGGCCGUACAGGUGCAGCUCCGGGUCCAAGUCCAACACAUUCCACACGAUUGGGACACACAGGACGAACAGGGAGUGGACGAAUCACCGCUGUCAAUUCGUACCCGGUUAAGACUUCUGAAACGCCCAGAAAAAUGGGAGGUUCUAGUUCGCCAAGGGAUGAAAGUCACUGGAUUUCGGGAACACGGGUGAAUCCGAUAACUGGCGUGGAACCCGGUGCAUUCAGUCGAAAAUUCCGUCCGGACACAAAGCUAGACAGUCAACUACGCCCGGAUAUCCGGAUGAUUCAACAAAGCUCGGCUGAUCAACAUUUGCCCAGUUGUCGUUUGAUAAGUCGAACUCAAUCAUGGGGAGGUGGAUUACGUCUGGCGGGGACAGAACCGUUUUGUGAUGGCGAGUGGGAAGUAACUCAUUCCAAUGAUAAUCACCAAAUACCGGAUUUGGCUAUACCAAGUGAAAUAACCGGGUAUAGGAAAUCCGGUCUCACUGGUGCUCAAACUCGCCUGAUCGAUGAAAGAUUAGUUCCAUGUGUGAUGGAUACAGGACGUCAGUUUAGGGGUGUACCAGUUUAUAGAUGUCGAGAAAUGGAAUCACCUGUCAUAACCAGUGUACCCGGUCGUCCUUUUCCAAGCCAACGCACAGCAAUACACGUCAGUAUGCCGAAUGUGAACGGUGUUUUUAGUGCUCGCGGUCCAGCUACAAUUAUGCCUUCAUGGGAUGAUCGAUCCGGGGUCCGACUGACAGCUAUUUCGAGCAAACGAGAUUUCAAACCACCGUCGGCUAAACGUCCACGAAUCGCAUCAAGUCGACCGGAAACACGAGAAAUGGAACAGUGGAUUGCAACCAGCUACGGCACGGACACGGAAGAUGAUUUUUCUGCUGGUGCGGUCAUGCUGGAAGAAUGCACAACUGUGCCCAGUGAUCCUAUGAAACCACCGAGUGCCACAGCCUCAUCCAGUAGCACAACUACACACGGAAGUCAAGCAAUGGCAGCCGAGUUGAUCACUUUACGAUCGAUUAAAGGCGAAGCCCAGAACGCCAGAUUGAUUAUACAACCACCUGGUACGCGCCGAACAGAUGGCACUGGCUCACACAUGUCCCCAUAUUUGUCAAACGGGGCGCAGGGUUUACCCGUAUUGAGCUCACCGCAGACAAGUAGUGUAUCGGAGGUUUCCACUGACGACGGUUCUCUUGAACCAUCGAACGGACAAGGUAUUGAUCACAGUGAAAGCGAGGGUUUGUAUCAUAUAUCAAAAAAUUCCCAACAAGGGUAUAGCACGGAUUCCGAACGCUCAUCACCCCAAGUGAUAUUAUUUCCGGCCCCGGAACUCCCACUUGACCCCACUUCUUUAGCCUACCGACCGGUAAUCCGACGCGUAGGCGGUGGUUCACCCUUAGACACGUCGAAACCGACAGGCACACCUGUGUAUCGAACAAUCACGGACACAGGUCGGCCAGUUCCUUCGCAUCAUUAUCACCACCCACAACCACCACCAACACAACCACCAGCACCAGCACCACAACCACGAACUUCUCGAGCCCCGAGUGGAUCCAGUGUAGAUCGUGAACCGAUGAAAUCUUAUGUAUACGAAUAUGAAGCCUGA